AUGGCUCUCUCUCUCUCUCUUCUCUCUCCUUUUCUCGCUUCCCUCUCGAACCUCAAACUCACUAUCUCGCUUCCCUCUCGCCUUUGCCUUCUCGUUCUCGCCGUCACCGUCUCGCUCUCGUUCUGUCAUCAAACGGCGCGCUUUCUCGCUGUGAAAUGUCGCCACCUUCUUAUUUUCUUCUUCUUCCUCCAUCUCCGUGCAGUUUCCGCCGCAUCCACCUCCGUCGUUGCCGCAUCCAGUGCCAUCUUCGCGUCGAGUCAGUUUCCAUCACCAUUGUCACCGGUAAACCAUGUUCUUCUCUCUGUAACAGAUCUGGGUUUAGAUCUGAACAAUAACAUGUUAGAUUAUUUUCCAAGCAGGCUUUGA